AAAGACCAUAGCAGACGAAAUCUCAACCGUCCAUUUACAAAUCAACGGCUCUCGUAAAAAAAAAGAAUCUACUUUCGCAACUCCGCGUUAUCAGAAAAAACCGAUGAAAAUCGAAUUCCAUAAAAGAUUCCACCCGCUCGAAAUAGACUGUUCGCUAGAUCUCGUCUCAGAUUCUUUCUCCCUAAGAGCUAAUAGAUCUUUGAUUUAGCGGUUAAUGAGAGAUCUGUAGUUAUGGCGGGGAAGAGUGAUCAAUCGGUGACGAUCUCGGUGCCGUAUAGGAAUUUGAGGAAGGAUGUUGAGGUUGAGAUGGUGACGAAUCAUCCAAACGAAAACGAUUCUUCUUCUUAUUCCGUCUCUCCGGGGAAUCAUGUUGAUGGAGAAUUGAGGAAUUGUAGGUUAAUGACGUUGGUGCUUAGCUGUACGGUGGCUGCGGGUGUUCAAUUUGGAUGGGCAUUGCAACUCUCUCUUCUCACGCCUUAUAUUCAGACUCUUGGAAUUUCGCACGCUUUUUCUUCAUUUAUCUGGCUAUGCGGCCCUAUUACAGGCCUAGUGGUCCAGCCUUGUGUUGGUAUUUGGAGUGAUAAAUGUACUUCUAAGUAUGGAAGACGACGACCGUUUAUUCUCGUGGGAUCACUCAUGAUCUCAAUAGCAGUGAUAAUAAUCGGGUUUUCUGCAGACAUUGGGUAUCUGUUGGGAGAUACGAAGGAACAUUGCAGUACUUUCAAAGGCACACGGACCAGGGCAGCUUUUGUCUUUAUCAUUGGAUUUUGGCUGUUGGAUCUAGCAAACAACACAGUACAGGGACCUGCUCGUGCUCUCCUAGCUGAUCUAUCAGGUCCUGAUCAGCGGAAUACUGCAAACGCUGUGUUCUGCUUGUGGAUGGCUAUUGGGAAUAUCCUUGGGUUUUCUGCUGGUGCUAGCGGACAAUGGCAAAAAUGGUUCCCAUUCCUAACCAGUAGAGCAUGUUGCGCAGCAUGUGGAAAUCUUAAAGCAGCUUUUCUUCUUGCAGUGGUGUUUCUUACUAUAUGCACUCUUGUCACAAUCUAUUUUGCUGAAGAGAUCCCUUUGGUAAGCAAUAAGCCCAGCCGCAUACAGGAUUCUGCACCUUUGCUGGAUGAUCUCCAGCUUAAAGGCACUGAGCACUCAAAAUCAAAUAAUGGUACUGCCAAUGGGAUCAAGUAUGUGAGAGUGGAGCGUGAUAUGGAUGUACAGCUUGGAAAGUCAAACAAUGAUCAUCAAGACGAGACCUAUAUUGAUGGCCCUGGAUCUGUUUUAGUAAAUUUGCUAACCAGUUUAAGGCAUUUGCCACCUGCUAUGCACUCAGUUCUUAUCGUCAUGGCUCUUACAUGGUUAUCGUGGUUCCCCUUCUUUCUGUUUGAUACAGAUUGGAUGGGAAGAGAAGUUUACCAUGGUGAUCCAGUGGGAAAGAGUGUGCUCGUGGAACUUUAUGGCCAAGGUGUCCGGGAAGGUGCAUUUGGCUUGCUACUAAACUCUGUUGUUCUUGGGAUCAGCUCAUUCUUGAUUGAACCAAUGUGUCAGCGAAUGGGUGCACGAGCUGUAUGGGGUCUGAGUAAUUUCACUGUGUUUGCCUGCAUGGCAGGAACAGCUGUCAUUAGCUUGAUGUCUCUCAGGGAUAACUCUAAUGGAAACGAACACAUUCUACCUAACGAAACAACAAGAACCGCAGCUGUAAUCGUCUUUGCACUCCUUGGCUUCCCUCUAGCUAUCACAUACAGUGUCCCUUUCUCUGUCACAGCAGAAGUCACUGCUGAUUCAGGUGGCGGUCAAGGUCUGUGAAAAGAUUCAACCAUUCAUAGCUUUGUGCUUAAGUCUUAUGUUUUCAGAAUCCCAAAUCGUUUCAUCACUUUGUUUUGUUCUCAAUGCAGGUUUGGCUAUAGGAGUGUUGAAUCUUGCAAUUGUUAUUCCCCAGAUGAUAGUAUCGCUUGGAGCGGGUCCAUGGGAUGCAUUGUUCGGAGGAGGAAACUUACCAGCAUUUGUUAUGGCGUCUGUUGCUGCUUUUGCUGCCGGAGUUAUUGCUUUGCGCAGCCUUCCGACACUAUCUAGUUCGUUCAAGUCUAUAGGUUUUCAUAUCGGGUAAAGUCUUUACAAGGACGAGUCAGUCUUUUUCAGGCGAUAUAGUCUUAAAAUUCAGAUUUAGAUGCAUUCGAUUCUUUUAUUUGGCCAUGUUCGGCGUUUAUGUAUGUAGACGUUUUUGUAUAUAUUGUGUUAUAGUUAAUGUGAAGACAACAAUGUGACUUUAAAUCUACAAAUACCCCUUGUAACUUGAAAGGUUUAAUUUUGUUUACUACGUUGUCUUGAGUCACUCCAAAAGAGUGUUCCCU